GGGAUGAGAGAGGAGAAUAAAAAAGAAAGAGGCUGCCUUUAAACUGAUUAGAAAGCAGUCCAUCCCACAGACACCUAGAAAUCAGCCCUGGGAGCAUCAUUUAUUGUCCCUGAGCAGCUAAUUCCAGCCGCCAGCAGCAUUGCACCUGCCAGGCACACUGACAGAGCGAGGUAUCUGGAUAGAGCUAUAUAGGGCACACAGUCAAGAUGGCAGGUAUCCUAGUUUGGUUUUGGAAUGAGAGAUUUUGGUUGCCUCACAAUGUAACCUGGGCGGAUUUGAAGAACACAGAGGAGGCUACUUUCCCCCAAGCUGAGGAUCUGUAUUUGGCUAUACCCUUGGCAUUCUGCAUCUUUAUGAUCCGGCUGUUCUUUGAGAGGUUUAUAGCUAAACCCUGUGCUUUGGCACUGAAAAUUCAAGCCAGUGGACCACGGAAGGCCCAGCAUAAUGCUAUUUUAGAAAAAGUCUUCACCUCGAUCACCAAGCACCCUGAUGAGAAGAGAUUGGAGGGACUCUCUAAGCAACUUGACUGGGAUGUUCGGAAUAUUCAGCGUUGGUUUAGACAGAGAAGGAACCAGGAAAAGCCAAGUACUCUAACUCGCUUUUGCGAGAGCAUGUGGAAAUUUACAUUUAAUCUUUACAUGUUUACAUACGGCGUUCGGUACCUUAAAAAGACGCCAUGGCUUUGGAACACAAGGCAGUGCUGGUACAACUAUCCAUAUCAGCAACUAACAACAGACCUCCAUUACUACUAUAUUGUUGACCUCUCAUUCUACUGGUCGCUAAUAUUUUCCCAGUUCAUGGACAUCAAAAGAAAGGACUUUCCAAUCAUGUUUCUUCACCAUAUUGCAGCAAUAUCAUUAAUUACAUUUUCGUAUGUAAACAACAUGGUACGAGUUGGUACUUUAGUGAUGUGCCUUCAUGAUGUUGCAGAUGUUCUAGUAGAGGCAGCCAAAAUGGCAAAUUAUUCCAAAUGUCAGAAAUUGUGUGACCUUCUGUUUGUCAUAUUUGCUUUGGUCUUUAUAAUUGCGAGGCUGUGUGUAUUUCCUUUAUGGAUACUGAAUACAACGGUGUUUGAAAGCUGGGAAAUCGUUGGCCCUUAUCCUUCCUGGUGGGUUUUUAACAUGCUACUUUUGCUGCUUCAAACUUUACAUUUAUUUUGGGCAUAUCUGAUAAUCAAGAUUGCCUGCAGAGCUAUUUCGAAAGGCAAGACCGGAAAAUGGAAUCCCUUACAUGUAUCAAAAGAUGUCCGAAGUGACAUUGAAUCAAGCUCAGAUGAGGAAGAUUCCGUACCACGAAUGAAAAAUACACAAAGUACCAGUGUUAACGGGAUUAAAAGCGCAAACGGAAUAAAUGGUUAUCUCACCGGCGCAGCCUGUACAGAGGAUCAUUAAUUCUCAAACCUAAUUCUACAAGUGAACAAUGAACUGUUUGCUAUUGGAAAUAAUACUUAGUAACUCGUGAAUGAAGUUUCUUCGUCUAUCUCUGCAUCAGAAAUCAAUAUAGAAAUAUCAAAGCAUUUGAAUAGUGCACUGCCAUUAUAACUAUUAUUCUUACUAAUUGUGAAUGAUGAUGGAAUACCAAUCAAUAUGUGUGGGCAUGCUUUAUGUUACAAUAACUAAUGCAGUGGGAUCAGU